CAGCUGUGGACGGUCUAACUGCCUUUCCUUCCUCCCUCCGAUCGAUCUCAUUCUGUUAGCGUCACGGCACUGUGAGCUUAUUCGCCCCGAACCCGCCUCUUCUGCUGCGAAGAUGGAUCCACAGCAGACUUCUCUGCAACGCCUUCACAACGUCGAGAAGGUUGGCUUUGACCCCUUUCUUCUCCCAUCCCCUUCUUCCCACCGUAUCAGAUCCUUUGGUGACGCUGCUCUCACCUUCUCUUUCUCUCUUUGCCGGUGCUGCUUCCGUUUCCUUUUUAUUUUGGGGGCGGGCUUGGAUUGGCGCCGCCAUCAGCGGAUAGUGCGCGUGCUGGAGCUCGCCGGAUCUGUCAUGGACGAGCUCGCCAGUUCGACCGGGCCCCGCGCCGACGUUCUCGCCGUUCACUGCCGUGAGUUCAUGCAGUCCAUCAAGGAAAUCCAGACAACACUUCGUGAAGAAAUUAAGAGUGCUUGUGAAUAUCGUCCAUUUGAGAAAUGCGACUAUAGUGCCAGAAUUUCUAACGAGAUCUGCUCCAAGAAAUUGGAAUACAUCAUCGAGCAGUUGGAUGACAUCAAAGAAAGCAUCAACUAGUACAAAGAUUGAAUUGCACAAGCAAUGCGGCAGCUGUGAAUAUUCUCAGGAUGUAGGCAAGCCAUGGGAACUAGAAGAGAAAUAGCAGCAUGUGAAUGAAGCUUAUGCAUCUCUCUUUGGUCUUCCACAAGGAUCUGAUUAAUGAAUUGAUAGAGAUAACUCCUUCAGAUGACUAGACAUUCAAAACAGCAUUUGUAAAACUGCUUGUCGCUAAUGUUGUGGACAUGCUUAUGCCUUGUUCGACUUUCUUGACAGUAAAAUCUCUGCCUAUAUUUACCUAUUCUGUAUUGGAGAAAUUAGAUACAGAUAAACUGUACCAAAUUGUAUUCUCUUUGCACAAAAUUGCAUAGGUUAGUUUUGGCAUUACCAUACA